AUGGCGAUAGGGAUAAUAAGCUCUGCUUUAGCAAAUUCAGAGAAGAUUUUAGCCUCUGAUCAUGGCUCAGUAGUUGCAAUAAACUUAUUUGUGGCGCUCCUUUGCGGGUGUGUCGUGAUCGGUCAUUUGCUAGAGGAAAAUCGAUGGAUAAACGAGUCAAUUACUGCCCUUGUCAUUGGACUAUGCACUGGAGCUGUAAUUCUGCUUACAACCAGAGGACAAAGCUCUCAUCUUCUAGUGUUCAGUGAAGAUUUGUUCUUCAUUUAUUUGCUUCCACCUAUUAUUUUCAAUGCGGGAUUCCAGGUGAAGAAGAAGCAAUUUUUCCGCAACUUUAUGACUAUCAUGCUGUUUGGUGCUGUUGGUACUUUAAUCUCUUUUGGCAUCAUUUCUGUAGGUGCCAUACGUUUCCUCAAGAAGAUGAAUAUUGGUGAUCUUACCAUAGGGGAUUAUCUUGCAAUCGGUGCAAUAUUUUCUGCGACAGAUUCUGUUUGCACUUUGCAAGUUCUUAAUCAAGAUGAGACACCUUUAUUAUACAGUCUGGUUUUUGGAGAGGGAGUUGUCAAUGAUGCCACAUCAGUUGUUCUUUUCAAUGCAAUCCAGAGCUUUGAUCUUUCUCACUUUGACUCAGCCAUUGCUUUGCAAUAUGUCGGAAACUUUUUGUAUUUAUUUAUUUUAAGUACUUUGUUGGGAGUUUUGGCCGGAUUGCUUAGUGCUUAUAUUAUUAAAAAGCUCUAUUUUGGAAGGCACUCCACUGAUCGUGAGGUUGCUCUCAUGAUGCUUAUGGCUUACCUAUCGUAUAUGCUAGCUGAACUUUUCGAUUUCAGUGCUAUUCUCACAGUAUUCUUUUGUGGGAUUGUUAUGUCUCAUUACACAUGGCAUAAUGUUACAGAAAGUUCGAGAGUGACAACCAAGCAUGCUUUUGCAACUUUAUCAUUUGUUGCUGAGAUUUUCAUCUUCCUUUAUGUUGGAAUGGAUGCAUUGGACAUUGAGAAGUGGAAUGUUAUUAGUGAUAGCCCCGGGGAAUUAAUCGGGGUGAGUGCAAUUCUUUUGGGGUUGAUUCUUGUCGGACGAGCAGCCUUUGUUUUCCCCUUAUCCUUCAUAUCCAACUUCACCAAGAAAGCUUCACAUGAGAAACUUCACUUCAAACAGCAGGUUACGAUUUGGUGGGCCGGUCUUAUGCGCGGAGCUGUCUCGAUGGCACUUGCUUACAAUCAGUUUACCAGCUUAGGCCAUACACAGCUACGAGGAAAUGCAAUGAUGAUAACCAGCACAAUCUCUGUUGUUCUUUUCAGCACAGUGGUUUUUGGAUUGAUGACCAAACCAUUAGUGAGCAUCUUACUUCCUUCACCAAAUCAUCUCACGAGAAUGCUUUCUUCUGAGCCGUCUACUCCGCAAUCGUUUGUCAUACCUCUUUUUGGUAAUGAAUCAGAGGCUGAUCAAAGCAACCAGAAUGUCCGGCGACUGACCAGUUUGAGAAUGCUCUUGACGACUCCUUCCCGCACCGUGCACUACUACUGGAGAAAAUUUGAUGACACCUUCAUGCGGCCUGUGUUCGGUGGAAGAGGUUUCGUUCCAUUCGUUCCCGGAUCACCUACGGAGAGAAAUGAUCAUCAAUGACAAUGAAAAGGUACUAGUAUAUUUUGAAACCUUCAUAGACAUUCUGGCUUGUUUAAUGUUCACAGUCUACAUUAUUUUGUAAUCUUCAUAGACCAUCUGGCUUGUAUAUAAAUUUUUAUAGGUUAAUAAUUCAUAUUAUAUAAAUUGUGCCAUUAUAUA